AUGCACAAUUCCCACGCCGCCGAGCGAGCCGCAGCUUUGCACAAACUCCUCCACCAGGCCUCCAUCACCAGCAGCAGCCACGAUGCGGACCACCGGGACCACUCCCGCCUGCAUCUCGCGCAGCAGAAACGGCUCCAGACACAGCAGAAGAGCGCUGACUCGGGGUUCCACUCGAUUUGGUCCGGGUUCUAUAAGAAGGCACUUCGGGAACGUCAGAAUCAGCUGAGACUGGCUUUCCCCGGGCUGUUUCCGCCUGGAUCGAAAGCGGGCUCGUCGGCGCCAUCGGACGAGUCAGGAUCCAGCUCGUCGGGUGAUGAGGGAGAAGGAAACGGAAGGAAAUCCACGCCUCCAGCGCCGUUCCCGCUGAAUGGUCUGGAUGAGCAGAUCGCUAACAACAUGGUGGAGAACUGUGUAGGGACUUUGGGCAUGCCUAUCGGGCUCGGGCUCAACUUCACCAUCAACUCGGUCCCGACUGUCAUCCCCAUGUGUGUCGAAGAGCCGUCGGUGGUUGCCGCAGCGAGCAAUGCUGCGAAAACCAUCACUACCUUCGGUGGAGGGUUCGUGGCGACCAACUCCGAACGUAACAUCAUCUACGCCCAGAUCCAGGUCGCCGGGAUUGACGACGAGGACAUCCCUGCCGCCAUUGAGAGGCUGGAAAGCAAGCGCGAGCAGAUCAUGUCGCUUGGGAACCAGUUCUGCGAAAACAUGGUCAGUCGAGGUGGAGGUGUCACCGGUGUGACCUUCCGUGCCGUUCGCCGGCAACCUCCGACAUCCGCUGCGAGGCCGCAUAGAGUGACUCGCGCCAAUUGUCGCACGUGGCUGGUGGUGCAUAUCCACAUCGAUGUCUGCGACGCCAUGGGCGCUAACUGCGCCAGUGCAGUUGCGGAAGGUGUUGCCCCGCUGAUCUCCAGCUUGACCGGCGGGACAAUCGGCUUGCGUAUCGUCUCCAACCUCAACGUCGAGCGGAUGGCCAAGGCCUCCUUCCGCGUACCCGUCGAGAAGCUCGCCUACAAGGGCGUAUCCGGCGAAGACCUCGCCUUCCGCGUCGUCGAAGCGAACGAAUGGGCACUCUCAGAUCCCUUCCGCGCCGCAACCCACAACAAGGGAAUCAUGAACGGCAUCGACGCCGUCGCCCUCGCCACUGGUCAAGACUGGCGCGCGAUCGAAGCCGCCGCACACGCAUAUAACGCGGUCCGCGAGGAUAGCUACCGCCCGUUCACGGACUACUGGGUCGAGGAAGACUCUAACGGCCAGCGAUUUCUCCGCGGUGAAAUCGAGCUCCCCAUGCCUGUCGCGACGAAAGGGGGCGUCUUGACCACCCAUCCGGUCCUCAAGUACACCCUCGGUCUGAUGGGCAACCCGGACUCGAAGGGGCUCGGAAGAGCGAUGGCGGCUCUUGGCCUCGCGCAGAACUUUGCGGCUCUGCGCGCGCUGUGCACGGAAGGGAUCCAGCGCGGGCACAUGUCGCUGCACGCGCGAAACAUCGCGAUCGGCGCUGGUGCACCCUCGCAUGCAAUCGCCGAAUGCGUCACCUUCAUGGUCGAGACUGGCCGGUUCAACCGUAAUGCGGUCAAGGAGUACCUUCGUGCGCAUGAGGUCCACCAUGAGAUUCGCCUGAACGGGUCUUCCGACAACCUAUUCGCUCUCGGCAACAAGAAUUCAAAAGCGGAAGAAGUCCUCGGAGAAGAACCCCCACCCAGUCUGUUCUACUUCGAAGCCCUCGAGAACCCCCGCGCGGACGGCACCGCAGGCGACAAAGUGAUCCUCAACGUCGCCUUCCAAACCCUCGGCGCCAAACCGGUCCACAUCGAGCUGGUCCCCAACGUGCCCUCCACGAAAGUUGUGCGCCAACUGUUUGGAGAAAAAGGCCACGCGUGGCUGUCGGAGAUGUUUAACGUCCUUGAGUCGCUUAAAGUUACACCUGUGCAUGGCGAACGCUCUAAUGCGGUGUUUGCUAAGAAGUUGAAGCUGUUGUCGGUGCUGCUUAACCUUGUGAUUAGGCGCCUGAUGAUGGCGCACCCGCAUGAAACUGCGCGGUUCGUGAGGCGAAUCACGCGGGCCCGCUCGCAUGGGGCUUUGGACAGCGCUGACUCGCUUGACCUCGCCGGGACCGAAACGUCCGAUUCCACAACCCCCGUGGAAGCAAAGUCCUCCACCCACGACGCCACCCCCUCAACGAAAACAAGCAAGAUCCCCACCUCCGGCAUCUUCCGCCACCGCGUCCUCCUCGACGUCGACCUCAAACGCAUCUCCUCAACCCCAGACGCCCACCUCUCCACCGGCUUCCCCCUCGUCCUCGCCCUCUGGCAAGUCUUUGAAUUCCACGUGCAGCAAUGGGUCGGCCAGCCCCGCCUCGCGCGCGCCCUCAUCGACGAACAAUGGCGCGUCGUCCUCUCCCUCAUCAACGCGCCGGUAUCCCCACCUGGGGUAUCACACACAGAAGACCCAUUCAAACGCGUAAUAGAAACUCACGCCAAACGCUUCCAAUCCACGAUGUUUGUCCUCUGCGACGCCACCACCUUUCCCGAACGCGAAAUCACGCCACAGUUGGUCCACCUCCUAGCGCAGAUCGGGACCGCGCUCGAAUGGAACCACGCGGUUGCGCAUGAUCUGAGCCCGUCUCGGUUGACCAGGGAUGUUCGGGACAUACUCACCCACCGCGCGGAGUGUUCGGAGGAUGGAGGGCUCGCUACGGGAGUUGUGAAUGUGUUUUUGAUGUAUCUGACGUAUGUCAAACACCACACGAUCUCCCCCUCUUUCAUCGCCUCCCGCCUGGGUCUCCCCACCAUAGACGCACAAGACGUCGCGACCCAAGUAACCAACGAAUCCGUAACGCACGCAUUCACGCCCGACAUCUCGGAGUUCGUGCAAUGGGUGCUCACCCACCGUACACGGGUCGUUGCGGAUUCAACAAAGGGCGGGAUCGCGGGCGAUGUGCUGGACAGGGCGCGGGUGGAGGAUGCGUUGAGUGUGUUUGGCCGGUUCUAUGGGGCUGAGGCUGUCAUUAGGGUUUAGAGAGCUGGAGAUGUCGUGUUUGGCUGUUACGUGACGCUGGUGGUACGGGUGUUCCUCCGGGUUGCUGCCCCGACGAUAGGGAGAUAUAAUCGACGAGGGAGGGUGGCGCUUGCGCACGCCUUGAUUACCAUAUCCCCGCGCAUACCGGUAUCCAUAAGACCUUUCUUCUUUUUCCAUAUUUGUUCAUUUAAUCAUCACCACCUGGAACACCAUUACCAAG